UAUUCACCUCCAACAGAGCCAGGUGAAAUUGGCAAUUCACGGCCACGGUUUACAUAUAAAGAACUAGCCAAGGCCACAAAUGGGUUUUCAGCACAGAAUCUUUUGGGUGAAGGUGGAUUUGGUUGUGUGUACAAAGGAGACCUACCAGAUGGGACAGAGAUCGCAGUUAAGGAGCUCAGGAUUGGCGGGGGGCAAGGCGAGCGAGAAUUUAAAGCUGAAGUAGAUAUUAUUAGCCGCAUACAUCAUUGCCAUUUGGUUUCACUUGUGGGUUACUGCAUUUCUGAGGGCAGAAGAUUGAUAGUAUACGACUAUGUGCCUAACAAUACUUUGCAUUUUCAUCUCCAAGGUGAAGGAAGGCCCAUUUUAGAUUGGGCAUCACGCAUUAAGAUUGCUGCUGGUGCCGCUUGUGGAUUAACUUAUCUUCAUGAAUAUUGCAAUCCACGAAUUAUUCAUCGAGAUAUCAAGUCAACAAACAUUCUUCUUGACAACAACUUUGAAGCUCGAAUUUCAGACUUUGGGCUCGCCAAAUUCGUUCUUGAUGCAAAUACAAAUGUUACCACUCGAGUCGUGGGAACUUUUGGAUACUUGGCUCCUGAAUAUGCAUCGAGUGGUAGAUUGACCGAGAAAUCUGAUGUGUUCUCAUUUGGAGUUGUGCUUUUGGAGCUAAUAACUGGGCGGAAGCCUGUGGAUUCAUCCCAACCUUUGGGAGAAAGGAGUCUAGUUGAAUGGGCUCGACCUCGGCUAAGCCUUGCAAUUAAAAACGAGGAAUUUGAGGGUUUGGCAGAUCCAAGGCUUAGGAAAAACUACGUUGAAAGGGAAAUGCUCGGAAUGAUCAAGGCUGCUGCAGAUUGUGUGAGACGUUCAGCUGUCAACAGACCUCGAAUGAGAGAGGUUGUCAGAGCUUUUGAAAGUAUAGGUGCUGAAGAUCUAACUAAUGGAAUAAUGAGAGUUGGGGAAAGCGAGAUAUAUAAUUCUGCACAACAAUCUGAAGAAAUUAGACGGCUUCAAAGGAUGGCAUUCAGUGGCCAAAAUUAUAGUUCAGAAUUUUUCAGCCAAGACAGUUCGAACGGUAGUCAAAAUUAUAGUACAGAAUUUUUCAGCCAAGAUAGUUCCAAGUUUGAAGUUUGA